UGACAUGAGGCUGUAUGCACGUGACUACACCAUUAUACCUCUCUCACAUUAUCACUGCUUUACUCAGCUCUUGCUGGAUUUUUCUACACAAGGAACCUGCUCAAAGGGACAGGUAGCGGAUAUAGAUUAUUCUUUAAGGAGUAAGGUAGCUGAGCCGUUGCUAUGAGCGUACAGGAGCUAAGAAACGAGAGGGAAGGAGAAGAUAUGGUUGAUGACAGGCCAAGACCAAUUGAGAUUAUAAUACCUGAGGAUGAUCAUAAGUUUAAGUUGAAUAUCGAGGCUCUGGAGGACAUAUUGUGUGAUGAUGAAGUGAGAGACAAACCUGUGGUAGUUCUCUCGGUCGCCGGAGCUUUUAGAAAAGGGAAAUCGUUCUUGUUGGAUUUCUUCCUUCGCUAUCUUGGUCAUAAGAAAGGAUCCAGAGAGACUAGCAGGAAUGACUGGAUGGGAGAGGAUGAUGAACCAUUGACUGGCUUUUCGUGGAGAGGAGGAGUAGAGAGGAACACCACUGGGAUAUUAAUGUGGAGCGAGGCAUUCCCUGCUACUCUAGAAUCAGGAGAGGAGGUCUGUGUAUUAAUAAUGGAUACUCAAGGAGCUUUUGACAACCAGUCAACAGUAAAGGACUGUGCCACCAUUUUUGCACUUAGUACAAUGAUAUCAUCCGUCCAGGUUUAUAAUUUGUCAAUGAUGAUACAAGAGAAUGAUCUUCAGCACCUUCAUUUAUUUACAGAGUAUGGGAGACUGGCACUCAAACAAAGCAAAUUCAAACCUUUUCAAUCAUUGUGUUUUUUGGUACGUGACUGGAGUUAUCCUUAUGAUCAUUUUUACGGUGAAGAAGGUGGAAGAAAAUAUUUAGACAAAGUACUCACUGUGUCAGAGACUCAGCACGAGGAGAUUAAACUAGUACGCAAGCACAUUUCUUACUGCUUUGAUUCAAUAUCGUGCUACCUGAUGCCUCAUCCUGGCCUUAAAGUAGCAACCAACCCUCAUUUCGAUGGAAGACUAUCAGACAUUGAUAGCGAAUUUAAAAAAUUCCUUUUCGAGCUUGUUCCCUUCUUACUACAAUCUAAAAAUUUAGUCGUCAAAAAAAUAAACGGAAACAUAAUAACUGGCCGAGGCCUCCUUGAAUGUUUUAAGGCUUAUAUUAAAAUAUUUGAGAGUGAAUCACUUCCUGAGCCAAAGUCAAUGCUAGAGGCAACGGCUGAGGCUAACAAUCUAACAGCACAAGCAGCUGCCAUUGACAAGUAUAACAAAGAAAUGGAAGAAUUGUGUGGUGCUGAUAAACCUUACUUAGCUCCUCAGAAACUCGAAGAGGAACACAAGUCCCUCCGAAUGCUCUGCCUGGAACAGUUUUUCGAGACGCCCAAGAUGGGUGGGGAUGUCUUCAGUGCUGAAUACAUGAAGAAACUAGAGAUAAUGAUUGACGAGGCAUACGAGAACUUUGUCAAACGUAACGAGAGCAAGCAACUGAUGAAUGCAUACAGGACACCAGCUGUCCUUUGUCUUGUAAUGGUCCUCUCUUACAUCCUCUCCACCAUAUUGGAUAUGUUUGGCAUAGAGAGCCUCUCACAGACUGCUGUACUGGGUCUGUACAUACCACUCCUGCUGGUCGGGCUAUGGGUCUAUGUGAGGUACACUGGACAGUUGAGGAGCGUAGGAACCAUCAUUGAUAACUUUACUUCAGCUAUAUGGGAUCAAGCUUUACAACCGAUUUAUAUGAAAUUAUUACAGAGAGGCCUAGAGCAGGCAGUUAAUAUAGCAGGGACUUCAAAAGAAAAGAAAACAAACUAAUUAUUAAUUAUUAUUAUUAUUAUUAUGACUUACACUCGCUGACACUAUAAUUAUAUGAACUACAAUUAUGUCUUUGGAAAGUGUAGAUCUAUUUCUAAUGUUAAUUAUGUUAUGAAUUAUUAUACUCUAUUUACCAUAAUUUUAUGUGUAGUUGGAUUUUAUUCUAGUUUAAUUUUCAUUGUGACAUUCACAUAAUCAUUAAAAA